AUGAUAGAGUUUACCAACCCAGAGGCAGCAAGGGCGUUGUGGAGCAGCCACAACAGCGUCAGUCAGUACGUGAUACGGCUCUACAAGUUUCUAUUGCCGCAGGUUGUCGCUGAGCUUAAGGCGGCCGUUAGCAAGAUCCAUAUAAGCUUUAACAGGUGGACAACUAAAGGCGGCAAACGUAGCUUCUUUGGAGUAGUUGCGCACUACGCAACUGCUGAGGGCGCUGUUAAGGACCUCCCAAUCGACUUGCCGCAACUGUCGGGCGUCCACGCAGGCGAGAGGAUAGCUAGUUGUAUUGAAAAUACGCUGCGGAAGUUUGGGAUAACAGCGUCAAAGCUGGGUUACUUCAUGCUCGACAACGCCUACAACAACGACGCCGCGAUUAAGACACUUGGCAGCAAAUACGGCUUUGUUGCUAGCCACCGUCGCCUGCGCUGUAGCGCUCAUACGAUAAACCUCGUCGGCCAGGCAGUGUUGUUUAGCUCCAACAAGGACACCUUUGACAACGACGCGGUCAACCUCCAGGACGAGGAGCGCUUCCUCCUAGAGUGGCGUAAACGAGGUCCGCUCGGGACGCUGCUAGACGUUAUUAAUUAUAUCAAGACGCCUCAGCAGCAUGAGGUUUUCCGGAACUUUCAAGAACUAGCUAACCGCGAGCUGCCUGCUGACAACUACAAGAUACUUGAGGUUGUAAAGCCUUGCGUUACCCGCUGGAACUCGUAUUGCUCCGCCCUUGAGCGCGCCGUCCAAUUGCAACCAGCUUUUAACUCGUAUAUCGCGACUCGCGGAAACAAGACACCUGAAGCGCCCCCGUGGAUGAGAUCAGGCGGGCUGUCAGCCAACGACUGGGCUGUUGUGAAUGACUAUAUCGAGAUCUUGUUGCCCUUAAGGUCAGCUACUAAACGGUUAGAGGGCCGCGGAAAAAGCGGACGCUUUGGAGCGAUAUACGAGGUGUUGCCAGUCUUUGAGUACCUACUUGUUGAGUUCGAACAGCGCUACAAACCUUUUGAGCUUGUUGACUACGAGGCAACUAAUGCGCCUGAGGACCACCUCGCGAUUAACCUAAAAGCUGCCUGGGUGAAGCUUAACGACUACUACAACCGGCUCGACGACUCGCCUGUGUACUACGCCGCCACCGCUCUCCACCCAUACUACAAGUCCUAUUGCGACCGCGCGUGGCGCGAUAAGCCAAGCUGGCUUAGCAAAUCAAAAGAUGCUUUCCAGCAACUUUGGAGCACCUACCAGGUGUCGAGGAGCCCUCGGGGGCGGCCGAGAGAGCGCAACCCAAGCGCUAUUGACGACGCUAUCGCAGCUGUAAUGGAGGAUCUCGACUCCGACGAGGAGGGCUGCGACGAGUAUUUGCGCUGGCGCAACUUCGAGCCAAAAUGGACAAAGACAGUCUUUGAAAGCCCUAGCAGCAACCCAGUAACCUACUGGGUUAAGUUGCGAGACAAAUACCCAACGCUUGCGCGCUUUGCAAUUGAUGUAUUGACAAUUCCAGCUACUAGUUGCGAUUGCGAGCGCAUGUUUAGCGAGCUUGGUGAUCUCCUUGCUCCUCGACGACGCAAUAUUGGGUCGCAACUCCUCGCCGCGCUUCAGUGUAUACGAUCCUGGAUGAGAGACGGCAAGCGUUUGCCAGUGAGGGCACCUGCGCUUAGCGACGACGACCUUGACAGGUUGUACGACCUUAUGUCGUGGGAUAAGCUUGAUGAGACGGGUAAGUACUUGAAGCCUAGGCCUGCGCAACUUAGCUAA